AUGGGAUGUUUAGGUAGUCGUCCUUUGAAUGAUGAAAAAGCAUCAUCUGAUAAUUUGUAUUAGUUAUUGGAUUAAUUGGCAGAAGGAUAAUUUGUAGAUACAAUCAUCAUAAAUACUUCUGUUUAUAAUUAUUGCUACAUGAAGUAGAGAAAGUAAUGGAUAUUGAGGAAAAAAAGAAUUUUAAAGAGUGUGGAUAAAUGGAUGAAAAGUAAUUUGGAAUCUAGAAAUUAUAUUCAUUCUUUUUUGGAUUCUCAUCCAGAAUCUGUAAUUUUGUUGAGACCUCUUCGAAAUUUUAAACCAGCGAUUACUUAAGCUAUAAUUCACACUGCUUUAAUGAAAAAUGAUUUCUUUCCUUAACAAAUAUAUGUAAAAUUUAUGGAUCUCAAAUAAUGUUAAUUAGUUAAUUUGAGUAAUAAUGGGAAAUACACAUUUUUCUUAUAAUUGUAGUUAUACAAGUUGUAAAGUUUAAAGUAGUUCUAUAAAUUUUAAUAAAUCCUCACAAUUAAGAUUUCCAAAAUAUUUAAAUUUGCUUAAUCAGAAUUUUAUGGUUUGAUACAUUGGAAUUCAACACAUAAAUAUGCAGAUUUAUAAAAGUUUAUAAAUAAAUAUGGAUGGAGAAUGAAAUUCAUUGACAUAAGUGCAAAUGUACCAGAACAUCAUUAGUGUAUAAUUAUCAGAGACUAUUUUAGAUUUUAAUUCUAAUCAAGUAUUUCAUAUAGAAGAACAAACCAAAGAAGAUUUAUUUGUAAUAAUUGAUCCAUAAGGAAAGAUAAUUAGAGCAGAAACACCUGAAUUUUAUGUAUCUAAAAAACAAGAUGAAAUUUGUGAAGAAUUUGAUGAUGUUAGUUCUUAAAAAUCAAAAGCAAUUAAAUAUGAAAAAAAGCUAUUGAAAGAAUUGCAUCUUCAUUAUUCAUCAUAUAUUAGUAAGAAUAAACCAUAAACUCCAAAAUCUACUUUAACAAAAUAUUAAAUAAUGCAAUAAUAAAUAUUUUAGUCAAGUGAAACCAUCAGUGAAAUAUAAUAUAAGGAUUUUAAAUAAUUGUUUAAGAGUUAUCGUUUACCAUAAAUCUUAUCUAGAUAUCAUCCAGGUGAACCAUUUCAAUUUGAACUUAUUAAAUAGAUGUAUUUUAAUUAUGAUUAUGAUGAACAUAAAUUUAAAGAAGUCACUAAAACAUAUUUACUACCUUCAAUUUAUCCUUCAGCAUCAAUUUAAAAAUAGAAAAUACUUACAGAAAUAUGUAGAGAAUUAAAAGAAUCUAUUGGAUUAAAAUGGAAAGUAUAUUGUUUAUAAAAUAUUAUUCUAGGAUCCAGACUUAAAUUUAUAUUCAAUACCUCAUACUUAUACAUUUAAUAAAUGUGAUUUAAUGGAAUUUCUAUAAGAUUUUACUUAACAAUUUCAUUUCAAAUUGAAAUUAUUCUUAGUGAAAAGAAGAACUAUAGAAUGGUAGACAGAUUAUAAGUUUGAUUGCAAAAUAAUGAAAGUAAGAGAAUAAGAAAAAGUAGAAUGGACUAAUGAAAUUAGUGAUUCAUUUGUAUUUUUGGAUAUGUAUGAAUUACAUAAUAAAUCUAUUGCAAUUAAGAAUUUAGAUGAUUUGAAAUUAUUGAAAUAAUAAUAAGAAUAACAUUUAAUUUAAUUUAAAUCAAUAAAAACUUAGAAUCUAUGUAAUAACAGUAUGAAUCUAAUAAAGAAAUAUAUCUAUCAUGGAAUUGAUUAUUAAAUAUCAAUAAGUGAAAAGGUUAUGGAUUUUGAUGAAUCUAUUCAAAUUACUAUGAAUUCUAUUCUAUUUAUUUUGUAUGAUGAUUAUGAGAAGUAAAUUCUAAUAAUUUUAAAUAAAUUGGCAUCAAUAUAGGAUGAAUUAUAAGAACCAAUGAAUAUUAUAAUAGUUACUUAAUUAGAGAAUGUUAGUAAUACUAUAAAUGAAUAUAUCAGUUUAAGAAUUUAAAAACUAUAAAUAUAAUUUUGUCAUUUAAAUUAAGCUUGGCAUAGAAGUACUGGAUUAUAAUUUAAAUAAGACAUAGUUGAAAAAUACUUCAAUGUAAAAAGAGAUUAUAAAGCUGUAAGAAUAUUUGAUGAUAAAUUAUAGUUUUAUGUAGAUAAAUUUGGAUAUCUGAUGGCUAUAUAAACAAAUGAUGAAUUCAUAGAUAAUAUAUGGAGAAAUGAUUAGAAUGAGAUUAUAGUAGAUUGGUUCAUUCAGCAAUUUGGGUAUUUAUAAUGUUAUAUAAAUAUAAGAAUGACACAUAAAAAUAAUGAUUAAGAAUGGAAAUCAAUAAAAUAGGAGUGUUUAUAAUUUAAUUAGAAAUAUGAAGAGAUUGAGAGUAGUUAUGAAAUACCAAAAUAGAUGGUAAUAACAAUAAAAUCAGCUAAAUGCUUAUUAUGGGAUAGUCAUAAUUAUAAUUUUGUGGAAUAUUCAGGUUGUCCAACAAUUAUUCAUAACUUAAACGUAAAGUAAAAAGCUUUGUUAAAUAUUUUCAUACCGAAUAUAAUAAAAUUAAUAAUUUGA